AAAGAAACUGCUCUGUCUGUCUCUCUGUUGUCUCUCCUUUUCUCUCCCGUUCGUGCGAAAAGAUGGAGGUGAAAAAAAUUGUAUGCGAGGGAAUGGAGGAGGAGGAGGAGGUGACAUGGGUGAAGCAUUACUCUUCGUUGCACCAGAUUUUACUCGUCGGCGAAGGAGACUUCUCCUUCUCUCUCUCCCUUGCCAAAGCUUUUGGCUCUGCUAUCAACAUCGUCGCCACUUCGCACGACACCUAUGAUAAUCUGUUGAAAAAGUAUGGUAAGGCUAAAUCCAAUGUGGAGGAACUUAAGAAGAUGGGUGCAGCAAUUAUACAUGAGGUUGAUGCAACAAAAAUGAAACUCCAUGUUGGUUUAAGGACUAGGAAGUUUGAUAGGAUUGUCUUUAACUUUCCUCACGCUGGCUUCAAGGGUAAAGAAGAUCAUCCACAGCUCAUCAAAUUGCACAGGCAGCUUGUGCGGGGUUUUUUUAAAAACGCAAGCCGCAUGCUCUGGGCUUAUGGUGAAAUUCACGUCAGUCACAAAACUGCCGGUCCAUUUUCCCACUGGAACCUGGAAGAACUCGCUGCAGAGAGCUCACUUCUCCUCCUUGAAUGUGCCAAUUUCUCUAUUGAAGAUUACCCUGGCUAUAAUAACAAGAGAGGAGAUGGACCCAGAAGCGACCAAUCUUUCCCUCUAGGAAAGUGCUCCACCUUCAAAUUCAUUUUUGGACACCUUCUCAAAAAGAAGAAUCCCUUGGGAAAUACUGAAUUACUUCCUUCAUAUUCCUCUAUUAGCCCUAUCAUGGACAAUUAUCUUGACCAUAGAAGCAUUAAUGAUAUCAGUUACCCAGAAACUCGCUUUCCAUUCAGCUUGGAGAGGGUACCCAGAAGUAUUAAUUGUUUAGAAUUUAGAGAAACUGCUCAAUGGCCGUUUUCUAGGAUUGAUAAUUUAGGUUUGAGGAUACAGGGCAAUAAUGAUUUCGAAUUUAGAGAUUUGAACAUGUUCAGCUUGAGGAUGCAUGAACUGGAGCAUUCAACAUUGCCUGGAGUUUCCCUACGAAGUAGGGUUCCUCUAACGUAUAGUUAUAAUACUGAUGUAUUAGAAGCACCAAGGAGAGAGUCAUUUGGCUAUAAUUAUUUGAGACAUUAUGAAGAGCUUCCCAGCAGGAGAGUUUCAGUUAUGGAAUACGGCGGAAUGUUCGAUCGGCGUAUUGAAGUGGUUGAAAAAACUCGCCUGAGGGAGCUGGUUAUUUGCCAUGGAAUAUGAGUAAUUUGCUGCAUUUGUUAUGGUUGGAUACCCUGCAAAGCUGUCUGGUACUUUGAUUCUGCUCAUUUUUUGGUUAUCUGGUUGGCUUUGUUUUGUGUGGACUCUUUAACGGAUAGAUAGAGCAGCUUACUGGGUUGUGUGGUUUGUAAGCUUGUUAUCUAAACAUUAACAGGCAUUAUUUUUUUUUGGAGAAUGGGCGUUUAAGGAAUGAUCGAAGCGAAACAUUUGGUAGCAGGGUUUUUUUUUUUUUUUUUCCUAAUGCUUGUGUAGUCAUGUCAUGAUUAAAGUG